AUGGACCUCGACUCCAAGCUGCCACGACCCGCCAGUGCCGUUGACUCAUCGGCGCGUCGUCACCGUGCUCAGGAGACGUCAUCGCAGCGCUACAUCCGGCUCCGUGCAGCAGCAUACUUGUCCAACGUCUUCAAAGCUGCUCUCCUCCUCUUGACCUUGUUGGCCUUGCAUCGCGAGAGCUUCGACUAUGUCUCUGACAUUGCCUCUGGCGUCUGGCAUUGGCCUUGGUCUCCACGUCCCGUCAAGACCAACAUCAUCCUCAUGAUCAGCGACGGCUACGGUCCUGCCUCGCUCACUUUUACGCGUCACUUUGCUCAAGCGCUCAACAACGAUACCGACAGCGAAAGCCCCUUCCAACUCCCGCUCGAUACCAUCCUUGUUGGUACGCAUCGAUCCAGAUCCUCUUCUUCGCUUAUCACAGACUCUGCGGCGGGCGCGACUGCUUUUUCGUGCGCAAAGAAAUCGUACAAUGGCGCGAUUGGUGUUACAUCCGAUGGAAACGCGUGUGGUACCGUGUUUGAAGCCGCCAAGCGUAAAGGCUUGCUGACAGGUGUGGUGGUCACUUCUAGAUUGACGGAUGCUACUCCGGCAGCGUUCAUCUCCCAUGCCGCAUCGAGGGCAGAAGAGCCGCUGAUUGCUUCACAGAUGAUUGGAGGCAACAAGAAUCCCCUAGGCCAACGUACUUUGGAUCUUGCCAUCGGUGGUGGUGGAUGUGCCUUUCUGCCCAACUCGACUAUCGUUUCAUGUCGACAAGAUGAUGAGGAUACGGUUGAGUACGCCAAGCAGCUCGGAUGGGAUGUACGUCUCGCUUUCCCUUCCAACACCUCGGCUGAUUCGCUUUACUCUCAACUGCAUUCCAGUGACGAACUCUUCGGUACUGCUAGCGGACGCUCGAAGCCGCAACUUCCAUUUAUGGCUCUACUCGCACCGGUCAACACGCCGUACGAGAUCGAUCGAGUCAACAUUCCCGCACCACUCCCUCUCAAACCGCUCUCGCACUACGCUUCCAAGGCACUCGAGCUUCUCUCCACUUCCGAUCAAAACGACAAAGGUUUCAUCCUCAUGAUCGAAGGCUCUCAGAUCGACCUCUGUGCACACAACAACGACCCCGCCUGUCAUGCACGCGAAGCGCUCGCUUACCAUGACACAAUCGCACUCGUCAAGCAAUUUGUCGAUCAGCACAACUCCAAGAGCGAGAGAACGUUGCUCAUUUCCACAUCGGAUCACGAAACGGGUGGAGUGACGUUGGGUAGGCAACUGUCUCUCGACUAUCCGAACUACGCGUACUAUCCGGAGCGUCUGCUGAACGCCAAGCAUUCGACGCCGAUUCUGACAGCUGUGCUGAUCGAUUUCGUCCGCAGCGAAACGGGCAAAGUCGCUUCGCGCGAUGGCAAGGUGAGCGAGAGUUUGGUGAGGCACUUCAUCCGAGACAAGAUUCUGGGCGAAUCAGGUCUUGGAUUCAGCGGAAAGGUCCAGGGUGGUAAGCCGACCGAGGUCGAAAUCGAGGCCGUGUGGAAAGUUGUCAAGGACGAGAUCCUAACGGUCCAGGACGAAUCGACGCUCUAUCAGGCUAGUGCGUACCUCCGACAGUCACAUAACACAGCACACCGUGCAGAUGGCAUUUCACGAUCUCUUAACUGGAUGGGUCCCGUUCCGGGUGUCAAUCUGGACGGCAUCAGGAGGGUGAUUUCCGAUAUCGCUGCCAGGAGAGCCGAAAUCGGCUUUUCGACUAGUGGACACACUGGCAUUGACAUCAACGUUUACGCGUACGGUGCAGAGACGCACAGACUCGUCGGUAACCAGGAUAACACCAACAUCGGUGUCGUCAUCAAGGAUAUUCUAGCAUUGGAUCUCGAAGCUGUCACCAGGGAUCUUAACAAGAGCUGA